AUGGACGGGAGUCUGUUUGUGCUGCUUCUGCUGUCAGGGCUCUUCCCGAGCAGUUCUGCUCUUUCUCGUCAGUAUCACUAUAUAAAUGUGAGAAUGUCGUGGCCAGAGGCUCAGAGUUACUGCAGAGAGAGAUUCACUGAUCUGGCUACUGUAGACAGCAUGGAUGAUGUGAACAGGCUGGUAAAUAUAGUGGAUGCUGGAUACAGUGGAUCAGUGUGGAUUGGACUGAAGAGGGGGACACAGAAACGCUGGGAAAAUUCCGGAUACAUAUUGGUAAGGAGUGCUAAAAUCUGGAGUGAUGCUCAGAGUUACUGCAGACAGAAUUACAGAGACCUGCCCACAAUCAACAACUCUGAGCAAAAUAACCAGAUAAAUAACAUUAUUUUAUCUGGAUGGUACAUCUGGAUUGGUCUGUUCCUGGACUCUUGGGAAUGGUCUGAUAAAUGGAGUCUCUUCUUCAGACACUGGGCAGCAGGUCAACCAUCCCAGAGUUCAGGAUCUGAUGACUGUGUUGGUAUGUCAAGAACUGAUUCUGGGAAAUGGGCUCAAUACAGCUGUGAUCUACAGCAGCCUUUUAUCUGCUAUGGAGAUGACAAGUUCAUUAAAAAACAGAUCAUCAGACUGAAAUUGUCCUGUUAUGGAAAAUGCACAUUGAAUGAUCUGUCCCUGCAGACGGCCAUGCUGAAUGAGAUGAGUGAAAAGCUGAAGAUCAUGGGGCUGGAAAGUGAGAGCAAAAUAAACUGGAGAAAGAGAGAAGGUGAAGAGGUGUUUCAUCUGGAAAGAAACCACACAAUAAAUGAAAAGCUGAAGAACAUGGGGCUGGAAACCAUGCAGCUUAUGGAGAAUAAACCAGCAGCCUUCUAG